AUGGCUUUGAUUCUAAGGAAAUGUGUUGAAAUAUUUAAUUUCUACGUCAUAGAAAAGAAAGACAAAAGAUCAGAUGAACUCUUUUUUGGCAAAUCGCCAAUUCCAUUGGCUUUAGUUUUGAGUGGAUAUCUUUUGUUGAUUAAAUAUGGACCGAAAUUAAUGGAAUCGAGAAAAGCUUUUGAAUUGAAAUAUAUUCUUAUUGUCUACAAUUUCAUUCAAGUCGUCUUAAAUACUCUCCUUGGUGUUUACGGCUGCUAUCACGUAUUUCUUAUGAACGACUUUGACUUUAAUUGUCAGCCGGUUGAUUAUUCAACAACAUCAAAAGGUUUUCGUGAACUUGAACUGACGAAUUACUAUUUUCUCCUCAAACUUCUUGAUCUUUUGGAUACUGUAAUUAAACUCAAUUGGAUAACUUUACAGCCGCUCUUCAAUAUUUCAUUUUCAGCUAUUUAUUGUAUUAAGAAAGAAAAACACUCACUUAUCAUUCCUUCACUGUUAUCAUCAUUUCUUUAUGGGCCUUGGGAUGAACAUAGGAUUGAGAUACAUCGCAGUUUCAUGUACUUUUAUUAUUUCAUGACAGCAUUUAAAGUCGAAUUGAAGAAAUCAAUUUGGUGGAAGAAACAUAUCACGCAAAUUCAAUUGUUUCAAUUCGCUUUACUAUUUGUUCACUUUUUACGUGGAGCAUUAGCGAGCAACUGUAGCUAUCCUAAGUUCUGGCUUUGGGUUUUGGUCAUUCAAAACAUAUUUAUGUUCUCAAUGUUUGCUGACUUUUAUUUCAAAGCCUACAUGAAGAAGAAAAGCAAAGACUGA